UGAUUUUCGCGCCUCAGACUGCAGAUGAGCUUACGGUGGACGGUGUGCUGCCUCUCCCUCGCUUACUCUUAUUCUCACUCCCUCUCUCUUCUCUGACUCUCCUGCUCUCUUUCUUUCUUUUUUGCUCUUGCUCUCUCUCACACUCGCUUGCUCUCGCUCUCCUUUUUCUCAAACUCACACUUUCUCUCACAUUCUCACGCUCUUUCUUUCUCAUUCUAUUUCUCACACCCACACUGUCUCACUCACUUCUUUUUCUAACAUUGACCCUCUCACAUUCUCUCUUCUUUUCCUCACAUUCAUUUUUUUUACUUACACUCAUUCUCUACCUCUAUCUUUUUCUCACACAUUCUCUUGCUCUUUUUCCCACUCAAACUCUCACAUUCUCUCUCUCACACUCACAUUCUCUCGCUCUUUUUCUUACUGACAACAUCUCUCAUUCUCUCGCUCUCUCUCUGGUUCACACGCUCUCUCUCUCUCUCUCUCUCUCUCUCUCUCUCUCUCUCUCUCUCUCUCUCUCUCUCUCUCUCUCUCUCUCUCUCUCUCUCUCUCUCUCUCUCUCUCUCUCUCUCGGGUGUAAUGGAGAUACCUGCAGACUGCAGCACGCUUCCUCUGGGGACAGAUUGAGCGGCUUUAUUGCCUUUUUCUUUAGCGGUAAAGAUGAAUUUAUGGAGCGGCUUAUUUCCACUGCAGCUUCUCCUCGGGUUCAGCAUGUUUCCAGUAUGCUGGAGUGCUCAGGGGAGGUAUGCCCACAAGCUGCUGAAGGACCUAUUUGUUAAUUACUCCAAUGCUGUGAGGCCUGUGGAGGACACCGACAACAUCAUUAACGUCACCUUACAGAUCACUCUUUCCCAAAUCAUCGAUAUGGAUGAACGGAACCAGAUCCUCACCACAUACUUGUGGAUUCGUCAGGUCUGGUUGGAUGCAUACCUCACAUGGAAUAAGGCGGACUACGAUGGACUCGAUACCAUCCGUAUACCUAGUAGUUAUGUAUGGAGACCAGAUAUAGUCCUAUAUAACAAUGCAGAUGACCAGUUCUCCAGCUCUAUGGAGACCAAUGUGGUGAUCCACCAUGAUGGCCAGAUCAUGUGGGAUCAGCCAGCCAUAUCCAAGAGCUCCUGCAAGGUGGACGUGUCCUUCUUCCCCUUUGAUUCCCAGAAGUGCCGCCUCACCUUCGGUUCCUGGACCCACAACGGCAACCAGAUGGACAUUCUCAACGGCAUGGACAGCGCCGACCUGGCUGACUUUGUGGAGAAUGUUGAAUGGGAGGUGCUUGGAAUGCCUGCCAAGAAGAAUGUUAUACUGUACGGCUGCUGCUCGGAGCCUUAUCCUGAUAUCACCUAUACACUGCAGUUAAAGAGGAGGGCUUCUUUCUACAUCUUUAACCUCCUCAUUCCAUGUAUGAUGAUUUCCUUCCUGGCUCCACUGGGCUUUUAUUUGCCAGCUGAUUCAGGAGAAAAGGUGUCCCUUGGGGUUACAGUCCUGCUGGCUCUUACCGUCUUCCAGUUGUUAGUGGCAGAGAGCAUGCCACCCUCAGAGAACGUACCACUUAUUGGGAAAUACUACAUUGCCACGAUGACUAUGAUCACAGCCUCCACAGCCUUAACCAUCUUCAUUAUGAACAUCCAUCACUGUGGUUCUGACGCACAGCCUGUGCCUGAGUGGGCCCGUCGCUUUAUUCUCAACUACCUGGCCCGGAUCUGCUUUGUGUACGAGGUGGGAGAGAGCUGCCUGACGGUUCCGACUGAGACGACCUCCAGGAGAGGAAACAGCUGCUUUGUCAAUGGCCAGGCGAUAGGAGAGGAAUUGGCUUUAAAAACUCAAGGAUCUACUCUAGCUAGCACAACUGGGGAUCUUCAAGUGCCAACAGAGCUUAAGGAGGACGUGGAAGAUGAUCUGAGUCCAACCAUAUCACCAGGAACAAACUCAUCACCCUGUUCUGGUGCCAGGAAGGAUGGAGUUUUUGUGAACAUGGAUCACAGAGACCUGUCAGGCGUAGUAGGAGGGUGUGGAGGACGGCGGGGAACAGGCGGAGAGAAAGAGAGUGAAAGUUUUAGAGCUGUAGGCAACAAGGAGCCAGUGAAAAGGAAGGAGGUGCUUCUUAGGGGUCAGUGCAUGUGCCAUCAGCAACCAUUGUUAAAGAACAUUGAGUACAUGGCCAACUGUUACCGUGAACAGAAAUCCACUCAGAGACGGACUGGGGAAUGGCGCAAAGUCGCCAAAGUCAUGGAUCGCUUCUUCAUGUGGCUCUUCUUCAUCAUGGUCUUUCUAAUGAGUUUGCUGAUCAUGGGAAAAGCAAUCUGAGAUCAGCCAUCCUGCUGCUAAAAGACUUGUUUUGUAAUAUUUUAAGCACGUUGUUUGGUUAGAUGAUCUUCAGAGAAACUCAAAAGACAUUUUAGAGUUAAGUUUAAGACUGAUGGACUUGAAAAACUCUGAACUGUUGCGGCUGACCAAGAAAUAUCAGCAAUAUUGUUCACAGAGGCCAAUUGUUUUUGUAAUUCAUUUUUCAUGCGUCAUUCAUUGUUGUCCCUAUAGUCAAUAUCCUUCUAUCUAAAGGAAACUAAAAAUGACAGUGAGAAACUCUACCUUUGUAAAGAUAAUAUCUAUAUGUGUACGUAAAAGCACAGAGGAAUGGAAUUAAACAUAGUGUUCCUGUUUUAAGGAGUAUGGUGGUCCACAAACUGCCUGUUUUGCAUGUAAUCUUAGCAGCUCUCAGUAGGGUACUUUAGUAGGCUUGCAUUGUAUUUACAAAGACAUACAAAGGAAGUUGUUUGACUCUACAUUAGCAUAGCUGAAAACAUGUUGUGUAUGUAUGAUGCUAUUAAAUGUGUAAAUGACUUUAUUGUAUAGAGUAAAGCAAGCAAUCAAGGAAUAGCUGCUGUCUUACUGUUGAUAAUAAAUAACAAAUGUUUCCAAU